UCCCCGACAGCCUCUCACAAUGGGUUCCGGUUCUUCAAAACCAGACACUUCGCCAAAGACACAAGUUUGGACAUCGGAAACGCCCGUCCGGUUCUCACAAGGUCUGGUAGACUCUUUACAAUCAAGUCCAGACUCCGACUCGACCCGCUCAAAGACUCUCGAACUUCACAUCCAAGCUCGCGUGGCCGAAGAGCUAAAGCAACUCCAAGACCGUGCAGCCAAAGAUUUCGAAGCCCUACAAGCCAAGAUCUCCGCAGCCGAAGAAUCACAAAAGAAGGACCAACCAAAGUCUGCCGGCGAUAGUUUGAGGGAAUUGGGAAGAGAGGCAGUUCAGAACGAUGUUCAGCAAUUAAGAAAAAAGCUGGAACAGAGAAAGAAGUUGGCAGAUAUCGAUGAGAGUGUUGAGAGUGCCAAGAGUGCAGUCGUGAAGUGCUUGAGAGAUAAUGAUAGAAGGCCGCUGGACUGUUGGAAAGAGGUCGAGACGUUCAAGGCCGAGGUUAGAAAACUGGAGGGAACGUGGGUAGAGAAGGUUGUGAGAUAAGGAAAGGCUGCCACGCAUAAUACAUUGUAGAAUAAGUGUAUCGCAUAGAUGGAAAUGCAGGAAAGCGCUGUGAACUCAGAGUUAUUGGCCAUAGGCUUAGGUGAC